AUGUCCGAUGACAAUGAAUAUGGAAUUUGUCCCUUCAACAGCGGUCAUCGCAUUGUCAUGUAUCGAAUGCCGGCACACGUUUUAAAAUGUCGUAAAAAUUAUCGUGGUCCCCCGUUGGAGGUCUGUGAAUAUAAUGCCACACAUUUUGUGCCCGUCGGAACGAUGAGUGAACAUUUGCAAGAUUGUCGUGCCUAUCAUCGUUUCAAUCAGUCGACCUACAAUAAAAUGGCGGAGAAAUCAAUACGACAAGAUGCUUAAG